CCGCGCCGGGUAGGUGAAGGUGAGAGUCUCCUCCGGUAGCUGUGCACAGACCCUAGCGAGCCACUCCCGGCGUCGCGUGAGAGCUCUAGGCAGAUUCCUGCCCUCUCGCUAUGGCGCCUCCGUCAGUCUUUGCCGAAGUUCCGCAGGCCCAGCCGGUCCUGGUCUUUAAGCUCACUGCCGACUUCCGAGAGGAUCCGAACCCCCACAAGGUCAACCUGGGAGUGGGAGCUUAUCGCACAGAUGAUUGCCAGCCCUGGGUUUUGCCAGUAGUGAAGAAGGUGGAGGAGAAGAUUGUACAGGACAAUAGCCUAAACCACGAGUAUCUGUCAAUCCUGGGCCUGGCGGAGUUCCGGACCUGUGCUUCUCGCCUUGCCCUUGGGGAAGACAGCCCAGCUAUCAAGGAGAAGCGGGUAGGAGGUGUGCAGUCUUUGGGGGGAACAGGUGCACUUCGAAUCGGAGCUGAGUUCUUAGUACGAUGGUACAAUGGAACGAACAACAGGAACACACCUGUCUAUGUGUCCUCACCAACCUGGGAGAAUCAUAAUGGUGUAUUUUCUGCUGCUGGUUUUAAAGACAUUCGAUCCUAUCGCUACUGGGAUGCAGAGAAGAGAGGACUUGACCUCCAGGGUCUCCUGAAUGAUCUGGAGAAUGCUCCUGAGUUCUCCAUCUUUGUCCUCCACGCCUGUGCACAUAACCCAACUGGGACCGACCCCAGUCCAGAGCAGUGGAAGCAGAUUGCUUCUGUCAUGAAGCGCCGGUUUCUGUUCCCCUUCUUUGACUCAGCCUAUCAGGGCUUCGCAUCUGGAGACCUAGAGAAGGACGCCUGGGCCGUGCGUCAUUUCGUGUCUGAAGGCUUCGAGCUCUUCUGUGCCCAGUCCUUCUCCAAGAACUUCGGGCUGUACAAUGAGCGAGUGGGGAAUCUGACUGUGGUUGGAAAAGAACCUGAUGCCAUCCUGCGGGUCCUUUCCCAGAUGGAGAAGAUUGUGCGAGUGAUUUGGUCCAAUCCCCCCGCGCAGGGAGCACGAAUUGUGUCCACGACCCUCUCUAACCCUGAGCUCUUUAAGGAAUGGACAGGUAAUGUGAAGACAAUGGCUGACCGGAUUCUGACCAUGAGAUCUGAACUCAGGGCACGAUUAGAAGCCCUUAAGACCCCUGGGACUUGGACUCACAUCACUGAGCAAAUUGGCAUGUUCAGCUACACCGGGUUGAACUCCAAACAGGUUGAAUAUCUGAUCAGUGAAAAGCACAUCUACCUGCUGCCAAGUGGCCGGAUCAACAUGUGUGGCUUAACCACCAAAAAUCUAGAUUAUGUGGCCAACUCCAUCCAUGAAGCAGUCACCAAAAUUCAGUGAAGAAACACCAUCCUGUGCAGCACCACCAAAGCGGUUCUCUGUCAUGCAUGUUCCCUACCUGCACAAACCUAGAUGUACAUAUCACGGAUAGAGACUUACUGAAGGACUAAAAGGCUACUCUGGUGAGGUGGCCUUGGUUUAAAUUGGCCUCAGUUGAAGAGAACAUCCCUUGAAAAUAAUUGGGGGCCUGGGAUUAGAGCCUUUUGGAGGCCAGAGCAAAUUAAGGUUUUUACUUAAGAAUAAAAAAGUACUGUGAUCAUGAGACGUAGAUACCUUACCCCGCUCGCUAGAAGCAGGAGUGUUGCUCCCAUCGCUCAUGGGCUUCUAUGUGUGCCCUGACCCCAAAGUCUAGUCCCAAAGAUCUCGUUCUCUGAAGGAGCCAAGUGUGAUUGCAGGUGUUGGCUGUGGCAUUAAAACUUGUCAUCUCAA